GAAAAAAAAAAUCCUUAGGGAAAACAUUAUUUAAAAUAAUUAAAUCAUGUAGAAAAUAAACUGAUCAGUUGUUGUUGCAGUGAUAAUAAUACAGAGGCGAUGUGCCAAAAUUGAAUGAAGAAUUGAGAUUUGAGAGAGAGAGAAAGAAAGAGGAACUUGAAAGGAAGAUUUCAAUUUGAAGGCAUGAUUUCAAUGUAACACAUCAGCUUGAUUUAUGCCCUAACACUCCCGAUCUCGCUCUCGGGCUGUGCUUCAUCUUGGGAAUUCUAGUGGUAAAUGUCAGGCAGAUCUGCUUGAUAAAAUGGGACAUGUGAAGUUGCAAACACAAACUGGCAUCAAUGCAAUAGAAGAGGGAUCUGAGCAGUUUGAUGCUGGAUAUCCUAACAAAACUACUGUGGCAUGCAUGAUCAAUGCAGAAAUUGGUGCUGUUUUGGCUGUCAUGAGAAGAAAUGUUAGAUGGGGAGUUCAUUAUAUGUCAGAUGAUGAUCAAUUGGAGCAUUCCCUUGUUCAGUCUCUGAAGGCACUAAGGAGGCAAAUUUUUUCAUGGCAGAAUCAGUGGCAUGUCAUAAGCCCGGCAUUGUAUCUCCAGCCUUUUCUGGAUGUGAUUCAAUCUGAUGAAACUGGUGCACCAAUUACUGGUGUUGCUCUAUCAUCUGUUUACAAGAUCUUAACAUUGGAUGUAAUUGAUGAAAACACUGUUAAUGUCGGGGAUGCCAUGCACUUGGUAGUUGAUGCUGUCACGAGUUGCAGGUUUGAGGUGACUGAUCCUGGAUCAGAAGAAGUGGUAUUAAUGAAGAUAUUACAAGUUCUUCUAGCAUGUGUGAAAAGUAAAGCAUCUGUGAUGCUGAGUAACCAACAUAUUUGCACCAUAGUGAAUACUUGUUUCCGUAUAGUUCAUCAAGCAGGAACCAAAAGUGAGUUGUUGCAGCGGAUAGCACGUUACACAAUGCAUGAACUUGUUCGGUGUAUUUUUUCUCACCUUCAAGAUAUUAACAACACAGAACUUGCAUUGAUAAAUGGGGAAACUGCUUUAAAACAAGAGACUGGUGGGCUAAGUAACGAGCAUAAUUCUGCAAACAGACAAUUGGAGAAUGGGAGUUUGAAUUCUGCAAGUGAUGGUCAACCCUUAUCCACAGGAAUUGCUUCUAGUACUGUGAGUGAUGUGGCAGGGACUGUAGUGGAUGAAGACACAGCUAUUGCUAGCAAUGGCAAGGGGACUGAUCCGAGUGAAUUGCAGCUUAUGAAGGAACCAUAUGGGAUUCCCUGCAUGGUGGAAAUAUUUCACUUUUUGUGUUCUUUGUUGAAUGUUGUUGAACACAUGGGAGUGAGUCCUCGAUCAAACACAAUAGCAUUUGAUGAAGACGUGCCUCUUUUUGCCUUAACUUUGAUUAAUUCAGCCAUAGAGUUGGGAGGGGCUUCCUUUCACCGACACCAUAGAUUGCUGAGCUUAAUUCAGGAUGAAUUAUUCCGCAAUCUUAUGCAAUUUGGUUUGUCAAUGAGUCCUCUUGUACUUUCAAUGGUAUCUAGCAUUGUUCUAAAUUUGUAUCAUCAUCUUCGCACAGAACUCAAAUUACAGCUAGAAGCAUUUUUUUCUUGUGUAAUUUUGAGGCUUGCACAAAGCAAAUAUGGAGCUUCAUAUAAUUCUACUAAAUUGAUGAUUCUAUUAGUCUGCGGGUCGAGCUUCGGAGGAAUUUCUUCUUCUUCUUCUCAAGUUCUUAGCUAUUCUGAGCCAAAAUUUCAGGUUUUGAUGGAAAAUUUUGAAGUUUUGGAGGCUGCUGCACUCGUUGGCUGUGCUAGGAGCGAUUGUAAAUGGGAGUCUUUGGAUGAGUUCACGUCGGGCGUGAGGAGAACCACGUCAGGUGCAAUAUCAGAUAGUGGCUUAGAUGGUGUUUUGCUGAUAUGGCUCCAGGGCAGGGUAAGUGCACCGGGCGUGGAGACCCCUGGAGGUCUUUGUCUAGACGACGCCGAGCAUAUGGUAAGUGCGCUGGGUGUGGAGACUCCUAUGAGUCUCUGUCUCAAUGAUGUCGAGCGUGGGGAUUCUACGCCAGGCGUGGAUGAGUUUUAG